AAAGUUUCUAAAAGUUAAAAGCGCCAUCUAUUAUUCAAUGUUCUGAGUUUCGUUAGAACAUAUGUUCCGCUGUAACGUAUGGUUUGCACGCGUACCUUUGCCGGCUUUGUAGUAAUAUUUGUGAUCUUGGGAUAUUUAAAUUAAAUCGAGUGUUUAAAUUUAUUAUAAUAAUAUAAAAUGUUGUUACAGCAAAGUAAACGUGUUUUGACGCCGCUGUUAUCCGCAAAGACGCAAUUUACACAACUGUUGCGCUGCGCUGCCGAAGCAGCACCUACGAGAAUUGAAAAAACUAUUAAUACAGUAACUGUGUUGGGACGAGUAGGUGCAGAUCCACAAUUGCGUGGUUCACAGGAGCAUCCCGUCGUUACAUUCUCAUUAGCGACACAUACAAAUUAUAAGUAUGAAAAUGGUGAUUGGGCGCAACGCACUGAUUGGCAUCGCAUUGUAAUAUUUAAGCCCAACUUACGGGAUACUGUGAUGGAGUAUCUGAAGAAGGGACAACGCACAAUGGUGCAGGGCAAAAUUACAUAUGGUGAAAUAACCGAUCAACAAGGAAAUCAAAAGACAAGUACCAGCAUCAUAGCUGAUGACAUAAUCUUCUUCCGCGAGUCUUAAGCAAUUCUUCUGUUUAUUCACAAUCUUUCUUUCUAUUAUUACCAAUCAAAAUUUCCGCUAUUUCAUAAGUUAUCUAACAUCAUUGUAAGUUUUUUUUUUUCCAUAUACAUUUUACGAUUAAUAGAUUAUGUUAAUGAUUAUUAAGUUUAAAUACUAGUUAAUAUUGUAAAAAGAAAGUCAAGUG